CCUUACUUGGUAUCACUUCAGUUUAUUAAUGCAAUUUCAAUUAACUUCCAGAUGCCUCUGAACAAACGGAAGCCGGCAACAGCGUCUAGCUGCUCUUGCUGCGAGGUAUCCCCUUCGCCAGCUAAACAAGCGAAACCAUCACCAACGCCGCGUACGCUGGUUUCUCCCGCCUUACAGUUGGCGCACCAAGACACCCAGUCUACUGAGACAGCUGUCCCGGCGACGCCCGCAGUUUAUCCUGGAGUGAGAGCUAGUUCCUCUGGAAUCAAUAGACUGCAUAGACACACAGUGUCAACAGGGAAUGUUGUGUCCUUUGUUCACGAGAGUUCGGGCGACGAAUCUGACGAUGCCACAACCGCUUCAGAAAGGAGCUUAAUGUUAGUGCGUUCCAAGGUGACAACGGUCAACAUUCCCUCUACUCAGUCACCGAGGCCUCUUUUGGUCGACGAUUCCGAUUUUGACACGGAGCCCGAGUCGAUGGAUCCAGACAUUAUCCAUACUAACUUGAUUACAGGUAGCCAAGUUCCUCACGCCAGCGCCCGAAAAGGACAGAGAGCCAACACUCAUACCGGAAGAUCUGAUUUCAAUCCACUAAAUUGUAGUGUGCUCUCAUUACUAAAUAAGUCCUUAGCACCAUCAACUUUUACUUCCUAUAAGAAUGCGUGGAGGCACUAUCAGUCAUUCCACCAGCUUCAUUAUAACAGCCAUGUCUUGCUGCCAGUCCCAACCGAAAGGCUGGCCCAAUUUAUUUCAUCGUGAUAUAGUGUUUAACAUGGGGGUAUUGUUAUACUGUUAGUAACUGAUGGUGUAUGGAAUAUACACCCUCAGCAAUUUCAUACAAUACGA